UGUCCUCUUACAUUUUGCAAAGUUCACAUCUACGAAACUCCCAAAAGUUCUCUACGAAAAUAAAAAAUAUGUGAAUGAUAAAAUUUAAUAGAUGUAACAAAACAAACGCUAAAAUGCGUUUGAGUGAGGUUGCAUCACCAUCAUCCUCAAUCCAAUGCACCGUAGCCUACGUUCGUUCUUUUCACCGCCUGCCAUUCUCGGGCAGAUUUGAAGUUCAACACCUCUGCACAGCCAACCAUUUGAAAGAAACAGAACACUGCCCGGAACUUGGGAUUGAUGAACACACCACAGUCACAAACAGAGCCUACUGGACCAGGAAAAUCCACAAGCUUUGCGCCUAUGAUCGCAAUGUCGACGAAGCUCUACGCAUCCUCGAUCAUCUCCGUCUCCAAGGCUUCUUCCCCGAUUCUCUCAAUGUCAGCAGCGUUAUCCAUGCUCUGUGCAACGCCCGCCGAUUCCUGGAAGCUCACACCCGGUUUGUUCUCGCCCUCUCAGCACACCCUCACGUGCUCGAUGAGCGGACCUGCAAUGUCAUCAUUGCCCGCUUGCUGGAUGCACGUAGCCCAGAGUCAACCCUUCACGUAAUUCGCGCUUUGUUGCGGGGAAAGCCUGAAUUCGUGCCUUCUUUGAUGAACUACAACCGGCUGAUCGAUCAGUUUUGCGCUGUAUCGAGGCCCAGGGAUGCCCACAAGCUGUUUGUUGAAAUGAGAAACAGGGGACACUGUCCAAACGUUGUUUCGUACACAACUCUGAUAAAAGGUUAUUGCAGAGUUGGGGAAAUCUGUUCCGCCUGGAAUCUGUUUUACGAGAUGUCUAGCGGGAGAGUAAGUCAACCAAAUCCGCUCACCUACAGCACGUUAAUCCAGGGGGUCCUUAGAAAUAGGGAGGUUGAGGAAGGAAACGCGUUGAUUGGAAAUCUAUGGAAGGUAAUGGCCAUCGAGGAGGAUAUCCACGUCAACACUGCUGCAUUUGCCAAUGUGAUUGAUUCCUUAUGCAGAGAAGGUCUGUUCCAUGAAGUCUUCAAUAUUGCAGAAGAUAUGCCUCAAGGAAAGAGUGUAGUUGAAGAGUUUGCUUAUGGGCAAAUGAUUGAUUCACUUUGUAGAUACAAAAGGUACAAUGGGGCUGCAAGAAUCAUUUAUAUGAUGAAAAAGAGAGGAUCCAAGCCGAGCCUAGUAUCCUACAACACAAUCGUCCAUGGAAUCUGUAAGGAAGGUGAUUUUUUCAGAGCUUAUCAGUUAUUUGACGAAGGGAUCCAAUUAGGAUACUCUCCCUCGGAGUUCACCUACAAGAUAUUAAUAGACGGUCUUUGUUCUCUAUCGGAUCUUCCCAAGGCAAAGCACGUCCUGAGGAUCAUGCUAAACAAAAAAUCUGCAGAUAAAACUAGGAUUUACAAUAUAUAUCUAAGAUCAGUCUGUUUGAGCAGUAAUCCCACUGAGCUGUUAAACACACUUUUGGCCAUGCUUCAAUCACAAUGCCGACCUGAUAUCAUAUCCCUUAACACAGUGGUUAAUGGUUUAUGCAAAAUGGCAAGAGUUGAAGAAGCUAUGAAGGUUCUUCAUGAUAUGAUGAGUGGGAAGAAAUUUUGUUCCCCAGAUGCAGCUACCUACACGACAGCCAUUGCCGGUUUGCUGGAAGUUGGGAGGGAUGAAGAAGCUCUUAAUUUAUUGCGCUAUACAAUGCCCAAUAACGGCUUCACUCCAGGUGUUGUGACUUACAAUGCUGUUCUUCGCGGUUUCUUCAAGAUGAAUCGGGUUGAUGAAGCAAUGGAGAUCUUUAAUAGCUCUGGAGUGCCUGCCAAUCCUAUAACUCACACUAUUGUAAUUGACGGGUUAUUCGAUUCGGGGCGGAUUGAUGAAGCAAAACGCUUCUGGGAUGCAAUUGUUUGGCCAUCCGGAGUUCAUGAUGAAUAUGUUUAUUCUGCAAUUCUUAAAGGGCUUUGCCGGUCUGAGAGAGUGGAUGAAGCUUGUCAUUUCUUAUACGAAUUGAUGGAUUCUGGGGUUUCUUUGUGUCUUGUGAAUUAUAACAUUGUCAUUCAUGGUGCUUCUCAGUUGGGGUUGAAGGCAGAAGUGUAUCGAAUUGUGGGAGAAAUGAGAAAGAAUGGGCUUACCCCUGAUGCUGUGACAUGGAGAAUUCUGGAUAAGUUGAAUGACAAAACAAGAAUGAAGUUCUGUGAGGAUACAUACAGCCAAUGAAUCUCAAUUACCACAUGCGAAUAAGGUGAGUGUAAUAUGUUGAACAUCUUGGAAGGAAAAACAUUUGCAAAAAUUCAUGAUUACAGUUUUUGUUUACGGUGAGUCUGAAGUGGAAGCAGCAAUUUUUAAUCAAAGGUGAGAACCGUAGAGGUGGCACUUAGCAGUCGACCAAGUCACAAAGUUGCGCUUCCUUUUUGCAAAAAUGUAAGAACAAAUAUCUGUACUGUUAGAAAUUGCCUUCAGAUUUUCUUUGUGGACCAUCCUUAAAGUUAUUAUCAUUUCCUUCUGAAAGAACGAAAUAUGUGAUUUAUAUUCUGUAAAUUUACGGUAAUCCUAC